AAUGUGUAUACCAUAUGUCCACAAUAAGCGAUGAAAAUGAAUCAUCCCACUAAAGCGUUUAUGAAAUGAUAUUGACAAGUAUUAUAGAAUAAAUAAUUAUAUUUAUUACUAAUAUGUAAAUAUUUUUAUAUCGUGAUAAAAGAUAGCUUUCGAUCCUACAAUAUGUUCAACCGAUUGAAAGCUGUUUUAGCAAAUGCAGUUGCUAGUGAAUAUGCUCCGCAUUUAAUUUCUGAUUUUGAUAACGAAAGAGGAAAGGCUAACAAAAAUGCCGAUCCCAAGUUUCCAUAUUCGAGACCGGCGUUCCUUAAUCUGCAAACUAUGGAAGAAGUCAAAGUGUCUGCAGAUCACCAUGUAAGACCAAUUAUUGUACCGAGAGAUGUGACAAUCAUACCAUUCAAUGCUGGCUAUGCGGAAUGUGUUAAUGCUGGCAAAUCACAGUGGAAUGAAGAUCAGGCAUCAGUACAUAGAAGAGUUUUACGCCGACCUGGUGAUAUGUCAGAGGACUCUCCAGUUCUUCCAUAUGUGUAUUUUGGAAUGUUUGAUGGCCAUGCGGGUACUGGAGCAGCAUUAGCUGCCGCUAAUCAACUGCAUCACAUUUUACAUGAAAAACUAAUUGAUGUCUUUGAUGAACUAUUACCACCAGUUCCAGGACAACCAAAAAUGGAUCACUUUGCAUUUUUGAGUAAACCUGUAUCCCAUGAUGCAUUGAUUAUUGGUGCUCUAGAAGCUGCAUUUUGGGAAAUGGAUGAACUAUUAGCAGAGGACAGAGAUAGGUACCAAAAUGCAGGCGGGUGUACAGCUGUAGUUGCUUUGUUAUUGUUAGGAAAACUAUAUGUAUCUAACGCUGGUGAUUCUAGGGCAGUUUUAUGCCAACCUGUUAAGAAAAACAUUUUAGAUAAUGCCCAAAAUUCUCAAACAAAUAUUCCGAAAGUAAAUUGUGAUGUUGAUUCAUCUUCAAAUGAACAUUCCAAAGACAAUGUACCUGUUGGUUCUGAUUUAGAUGACGAUAAAGAUUUAUAUGUUCCAAUGGCUGUGCCUAUGUCGCAUGAUUUUACACCUGAGACUGAGCGUCAAAGAAUUCGAGCAAUUGCUGCUCUUCAGCCAUGUUUGCUUGGAGAUGAGUUUACAUGGAGAGAAUAUGUAAAAAGGCCUGCAGCUCGCGAUCUUGGGAGGAGGAUUUUAUACAAAGAAGCUUUUAUGACAGGGUGGACAUACAGAACUUUGACACAACAAGAUUUAAAAAUUCCUAUUAUUACUGGAGAAGGCAAAAGGAGUCGUGUGAUGGGUACAAUUGGUGUUACAAGAGGAUUUGGAGAUCAUGAUUUGAAAGCGCUUAAUACAAAAAUAUUAAUUAAGCCUUUUUUAACUCCACAACCUGAGGUGAUGAUAUUGGAUUUAACCAAACAAGAACCAGAAGAAGAAUUGGGAGUACUUAUAAUUGCAACAGAUGGCCUUUGGGAUGUAACUGAUAAUGACACUGCUGCAAAAAUAGUGUACAAAAGUCUGAAACAAUUUCCUGAUGGAAAGCAUCGAUAUACAUCAGCCGCACAAGAAUUAGUGGCACAUUCUCGGGGUAAGCUGGUUGAGCAUCGCUCAUGGAAAACUGUGGAAAAUAAACCAGCAACCAUUGAUGAUAUAUCAGUAUUUGUUAUACCACUCACGCCAUAUAGGACAGAAUAUUUGGAAUGGAAAGAAAAGUACAUGAAAUAGCAGCAAAUAAAUUCAUGUUCUAAUAU